AUGAUUAUUGACGCGGAGAAUGACUUGGAUAAAACCAGGGACAGUCUUUGCCCACAACAAGGAGGUUUGUUAAAACUCCAUAACUGUCCUUUAAUUUAUUGUCUGUUAGAAAGAGAAGCCCUUCAUCCUCUCUUGCUGAUAGUUUAAAUAUAUUUUGCCUUCCAUUUCCGGGUUUCUGAUGAGUACGUGGCAAGUUUCCUCUUUAAUUAACUGCCAUUUACAGGAAAAAAAAGAUACGCUAAAAAUUAAAGCAGCUGAUUAUGGACUUAACUUUACUUAACACAAGUUUGGGUUUUAUGUCUACCUUAUGGUCGUCGUACAGAUUUGUUUCUAUUUUGAAGUAAGAUUGUUCAUAUCAAUUAAUCAUUUUCCUUAAAACAUCCCUAAAACAUUAAGGGCCUUUUGCAUUAAAAAUUCAACAACACAAAGACCAGAACCUUGCAAUAUUAUUUUCCGUCAUAUCUAACUUCCUUGACUUAAAUUAGGGCAGUUUCGAUAACUUGAGACUGUCAGUCUCCUCUUAUUAUGUUUUUGGUACUUUAGCAUUUGCAGGCAGGUGUACCAAUAUCCGUGCGGUUGGUAAGCCUGUGACUCAUCACACCCGCAAGUCCACACAAGGAGCCUGGAUGAAAGAUCCGCUCGGAAUCAUGGGUAGCGAAACUAUAUUCGUUAUGGAGUCACAUUACGGAAGAGACGUGCUUGAGUUUGAAAAUAUGGCCAAGUUAAAAGCAGGCAUAACUCGGAAGACCUACAAACGUCCUUAUCCGUGGGACGGAACAGGGGGAGUGGUUUAUGGACAAUAUCUUUACUACAACAGGUUGGUAGUUGUUUCCCAUGUGCCACUAGCUAAUAAAAGGUGAAACUGUUUUUGGUAAAAGUCCUGUUGUGUUUUUUCCUUAUAUGCGAGCUCUCAGGCAGUCAUAAUUGGCUAGAUCUGCAUUUCUGCUAUUCCCAUUGGUCUUAAGUAGGUGCAUUCUUUAGGUCCAUCUAUCAAUCAAAUAUUCAAAAACCAGCAAAAUUUUUCUAGCCACAUCGUAUAUUUGAGUCUUAAUUUAAAUUAUGUAUAUUUUUUCCUUGCCUUGGGUCAUUCAUUUCACAUUUUAAAGAAAAAAACUACCCGAUGUUCUUCGGUAACUAUUCUGCUUUAGUCAUGGGAGGUAUUAACACAAUUAUGUAACUAAAAUGGCCUCCUUUAAGUAAAUCCAGGAAAACUUUAUAUUAAGCCACUUUUUGUUUCUCCUUGAAAGAGCUAAUACAAACUACAUUGUCAAGUUCAAUCUGCGCUCAGGGAAAGAGGAGGCCCAAAUAAGGAUAAGCGAUUACACACCAAGGAAAAACGCAUAUGCUUGGAAUGGAUACAGUGGAGUGGACUUGGCCGUUGAUGAAAAUGGAUUGUGGGUAUUAUGGGGUAGUACUGGAAACAGCUAUCGUCUUUAUGCUUCUAAAGUCAAUGUGCAAAAAAAUUCCAUAACCCACACUUGGAGGUUGGAUACAGGUAUGAGAACCAUAAACAGAUUUUCAAGGAAAACAAAGAGGCAGUUAUUUGAUAAACACUUGGCGUAAAAGGGUUUUGUUUACAAGUGGCUUAUCUUUUAAGUAGAAUUUUUUUUUCCUAGUAGAUUAGGUUGUAAGCCUACUUGAUAUAUGAUUGUUAACAGCAAAAAUAAUGAGAUCAGGGCUGGCAAAAUUGAAAACUGCUUUGCUUAGAGAGCGGUUUUGUUUCAUAAUUCGUCGUAUCAAUAGCCCUCUUUUAAAACUUAUUCCAACUUAGAUCCAUGUUAAUACUGUGAGUUUCAAGUUAUUCCUAUAUUCCUUUAGAAAAGAUGAGGAAUAUGGGAAACGCGUUUGUGGCCUGUGGCGUGGUUUAUUGUAUCGACAGCUAUAAUUCAAAGUCCACAACCAUCAACUUUGCUUACGACACCAAGACUGGAAAACAGUGGAACCCCAACAUUCAGUUCACCAAUCAGUACGGCUACAACUCCAUGGUGGACUACAACCCCAGGGAAAAAGUGCUCUACGCCUGGGACAACAAGAAUCUGGUCACUUAUCCCAUCACCUUUAACUAAAAUUAGGUUCGUUAUGUGAUAAGCAGGUGAUGGGUUUUAAAAAAUGCUGAUAAUAAGUCUUCGUUAUAUGCCAUAUGAAAUAGACGAUGAUAAGCUAAGUCAUAUAACAGCUCUCUUUAGCAAGCAAGUUUUUCCCCCUUUUAUCACAAAACACAAAAGUACUGGCUGCAAUAGCCCCGAGAACGACAUGAAUGUUUAACUCAACACGGUGACUCGUGUUUCAUCACUGAUUCUGAAACCCAACUAUACCUGAAAAACCACGCUCCAGCUAAUAAUUCCCCACGGUAUUAAGCUCAUAGAAAUACAAAUAAUGUUUUCACAUUUGAGCUCAUCUCUGUGAAUUCUUUUUAAAGUUCUAGCUUGUUAUGCCAUAAGUGGAAAACUUUUUUUGCUGUCAGUCUUAUGAAGUAAAUUUCCCGCCAAAAACAGUUAAAUCAAAAAUCCAAAAACAUACGAUUGUUGGGAAUACAAAGUUCUCUUAUCAUGCAAAGUCUCAGCUCAAACGGUUAAAAAUUGAAAACUAGUUUAAAAGAGAUCACUUUUUGAUGACAGCUGACCCGCCAGAAUUCAAUUAUAAUUGAUAAUGUGAUUGUUUCUUAACAGGCGAGUAUAGUCUGAGGUUUUCCCAGAGAUUACCUUUGGGCUUCAGCUAUUCCCUGAGCUUCGGUAAUUACCUUUUUUUUUUAUUUUUUUCUAUUGCUUGAAAAUUGAAAGAGAGAAUAGUAACUUAAAAUAAUAAACUCA